AUGUUUGCCAGCCCGACCAUCGCACGGUUACGUGACCGGCAGGCAGGCGGACGGAAAGCGGGUAGAAGCUUUCCCAAGUGGUUCGGUUUCGUGCUGCUCCUGACGUUGCCAUCGUCGUCGACGUACGGCCAGCGAACGGAGCCCGUUGCCGGUUUGCCGUUUCCGGAUUGGCAAACAAAACUCCACUCCACUCCUGGCCGGAGCGGUGACAGACCGACGGCUUACGUAACACCCGACACGCAAUCGGUUGUUGAGUUCGCUGCAGCAGGAGAUCAUAAAAGUGCAGCAAGGCGCGAUGACGAUACGACGAUCGUCGAGGGUACUGAUGCUGUGCUGCCGGACCGGACUUUGAGUCCCACCGAGGGAACGGCAGGGAAGGACGGGGUCGGGACGGAGACGGGCCACACGGGGGAGCUGGUGUUGCCCAGCUACGAGACGAGCUCGGUGCGCAGUGCCGGUCCACCCGUCUACAAGUACACCGACAAUGUGUUCCGGGUGCCGAAACGGAAGGCGAAAAAGUCCUACCCGGAAACGGCCGUCCCGGACGCGGACCGAAAACCGGCCUGGACGCGGGCCGGAAACCGUGCGAGAUCGGCACCGUUGGAGCUGGCGGCUGAGGGUAGCAGUGCGUCGGUGGCGUACGUUGAGGGACACGCGCUUGGUCGGACAUUCUACGAGCUGCCGGGCGGUGGUCACGAAACCCCGUUCCAGCUGUUCACCAACCUCUUCGAUCACGGCAACUGGAACAUCCUCGAGCUGAAGGCGCGCAUCGGGGAGCAGUGUGCGGGUCACCUUGGUCUCUAUCUGCGAGAUUUACGCCACCAGCGAGCCUGGGCAUUGAAAGCCAGCGACUCCAGUGGACGCUACGGAAGUCAGUACUUCUUCGGCAACGAGUUCUGGAUGGGCUCGUUGACGUUUUGCGACGAGGUGAACCGCGUCCUCCGGCACACCCCGAUGCCGGCCGGAGCUCGUCAGCUCGAGAUGCGCUUCUUCGUCGCCAAGGUGUCGGUUCAGCUCGAACGGCUCCUCUCGGCCCAGUCCAGCUCGAUCCUGCUCGGCCAGUGCCUGCCAAAGUCCUGCUCGGUCGAGGACGUCACGGAGCUGCUGCGAAGCGAUCCCAUUUUGAACCUGCUCAACAACGGCACGGAACCGGUCGUGGUGGCGCCGGCGUUGUUGCCUGGUGGAGGAUUCAGUCCUCCGACGGCCGGCGGCCUGACCGUGCUGCACGUGCGUCCCGUCCCCGGAAGCUAUAAUCCUUGGGCAGAUCCGAAAGUGUUCGGCUUGGUCACGGUCGUGGCGGUGCUGUGUACGCUCAUAGCGUACGCCUCCUGCGGUGCCGGCUCGCAGCUUGGCGAGCGGAAGGCCGCGGAACGGCAGCUGAGCCGGACGGGUGGGAAGAAGGGCGCCGGCUGGAAGGUGGCCGAUGGACAUCACCUCAAGCUGGACCGGGCUGGCGAUGCGCUCGAGAUGCACAAAAUCAACGUGGAAAGUAAUAACAACGUGUCGGGGAAUGGGCAACAGCAGCAGCAGCAGCAGCAGAUGCCUGGCCAGCAGACUGCAGGAGGGCUGUACAAGGACCGCAAAGGGACACGAUUCACCAUGAAGGACAUCCUGGGAUGCUUCGACGUCGGACCGAAUGCGGCUUCGAUCCUGUCGGUAGAACAGGCCGGCGAGGACUCGCUGACUUGCGUCCAUGGACUGCGGCUCUACUCGCUACUGUGGACCGUGCUGGUGCACACCUACCUGCAGCUGUUUGCCGUGUCGGAAAAUCGGUUUGGGCGCAAGAUAGCCGAAAGGUCGUUCCUGUAUCAGCUCGUCGGUAAUGCGAGCUUCUCGGUCGACACAUUCUUCUUCAUCAGUGGGCUGCUGAUCGUGUAUCUCUACCUGAAGUCGGUCGCCAAAGGGGGCCAACCGGUCUCCAAAACGCCACCGGACGGUGGGCACGACCUGCCGAACGAGGCGGCCAACCCUAACGCUACAACGCAGCGUGCGGCAACAGGUGCUACGGGGAGCCUCGGGGCAGCCUCGCGCAAGGUUGGCCUUUCGAUCUUGUACCGUUACCUGCGGCUGACUCCGGUCUACUUGUUCACGAUAGUGUCGAACGAGCUCAUCCUGAAGUGGACGUACGAUCGGUCCGUGUUCACGCCCGGCAUUAUCGAUCACAUUACGUGCGAUCGGUUCUGGUGGCGGAACGUUCUGUACGUCAACAACUGGUACCCGUUCACCGAGAUGUGCAUGAUCUGGUCCUGGUACCUGGCGAACGAUAUGCAGUUCUACGUCAUCGCCAUCGUGCUGCUGAUGAUUUCCUCCCGAAAUUUCCGGCUGGCGGUGGGGCUGCUCUUCCUGUGCCUCGGCGGCUCGUGGCUGCUGUCGAUCUACUUCUCGCUGCACUACCGCUACACCCACAAGGUCGCCGAACCGUUCGAGUCGUUUGACAUCCUGUACGACAAACCGUGGCAGCGCAUCGGACCGUACAUUGUCGGCAUGAUAACGGGAUAUAUCCUGUACCGUCGGCCGACGGGUCCGAGGAUUGUUCCGCCCGUCCGGCUGCUGCUGUGGACGCUGUCAACCGGUACGAUGAUUGCACUGAUUUUCGGCGUUUGGAACGGUGAGCUGAGUGUGCACUGGACGGCCUGGUACGUCAGCGUCGGACACACGGCGUGGGGCCUUGCACUGAUGUGGAUAACGCUGUCCUGCUGCUGGGGCUACUCGAGAUUCGUCAACGGGCUGCUCUCGUACCGGGGCUUUUUCCCGCUGAGCCGGCUAGCGUACUGCACCUACCUGAUCCAUCCGGUCGUUAUGAUGGCCACCUCGUUCCAGCUCGAGGCUCCGAUGCACCUGCAGCACGUCAUAAUCAUCACGGCGUUCUUCGGCAAUGCGGUCAUCUCGUUUUUGAUCGCGUUCGGAAUGUCACUAAUGUUCGAGGCGCCGGUCAUUAAGCUGCUGAAGCUGUUUUUCCAGAAGCCCCAGUCCCAGAGCGACGCCCGAUAG